CACCUCCCCCCGUGAGCCGCUUCCGCUCCCACCCGUGGCGGCGGCGGCGGCAGCAGGGACGGGACCGAGCCCGGGGGCCGCGGCAGGAGACCAGCGAGAUGUUUGCCAUCUGCCCGCCCGGUGCCCGUGCCAGUGCCCCGUUCCGGCAGGGCCAGGGGGUCCCGGCGCUGGGCACGGCCAUCCCGGAGCCUGGGCAGGACUCCAACUCCAACUUCGUGGGAGAGGUGUAUGACAGCAACGAGAACUGGAGCCGGCCAGCGCCGGGGACCCUGCUGGAGGAGGGCUGCAGCCGGAACGAAAACACCACAAAUCCACCCCAUAAUCUGCUGUCAUUAACGCAGAGACAGAUGGGCCAGGGCCGGCUUACAGACGCCGCCCCGAGCCCGGGUGCCACCCGCCUGUGUCUGCCCGAGCCGGGGCUGCGCAGCCCCCCCGAGGGAGCGGAGGUCAGCGGGGCUGGGAGCCAAAACCCUCUCAGCGAGGAGCCAGCCGUGGGGUACAGCAAGCCGCCCAGCUCCCCCGUGGAGGACAACGGCUACGCCAGCAGCUCCCUCAGCAUCGACAGCCCCGACAGUGCCUGCGGCAGCUCCUGGGACCCCUCUGCCGCUGCGCCCCUCCCCGGCAGCCCACCCCCGCCGGGGAUGACCGAGUCUGAGCCGGGGACCUUCUUCCCAGUGCUGGCAGAGGCCAUGCAGCAUCUGCAGGACAAGGAGCGCUUCAAGGAGCAGGAGAAGGAGAAGCACCACAUCCAGUUGGUGAUGUACCGGCGCCUGGCCCUGCUGCGCUGGAUCCACGGCCUCCAGCAGCGAGUGGUGGAGCAGCAGAACCGGCUGCAGGAGAGCUUCGACACCAUCCUGGACAACCGCAAGGAGCUGAUCCGCUGCAUGCAGCACGGCCCUCUGUGCCCGGCUGCCGCCCCCAGCCCCUGAGAUGCCACUGGUGCUGCCCAGCCCAGCCAUUGCCCUCCUGGCUGGCACAGGGCUGCCUGGUGGUGUCACUGUACCAUACACUGGUGCAGAGCACUCACUGGGCACCCCGGGUGCCCACCCUGUCCUUCCCAUGCCUGUCCAUCAUUGCUGCAAGUCCCCAGAGCCUUCAUCUUGGUUUUCCCUCUGCACAGGAGCUUGUCCCUGCUCCAUGUCCUGCUGGGCUGGGGGCUGUGGGAUGUUGGGUUAGGUAGACCUCAGGGGCUCAGGAUUUGCUGAGCUUGAUGGGACCAAGCUCAUCUCUUAAAUCUCAUUUAUGGUCCUUUGUGUGAGCCUGCCUGAGCCACACAUGUGCCAGGCUGGGUGAGAUCCUCGUGCAGGAGCCUGGCAACGAGGGCCUUGGGGCAGUGAAGCUUUUAAUAAUUGUGCCUGGGUAAAGCUCUUCAGCAUGUGCUUGGGCACAAGCUCACUUCAUCCCUCACAUCAUGCCCACACCAGCAGAACCCAGCCACCCCCGGCCACGGCUGGUGCUUUUGGUGAGCAGGGUGCACUGAGCUGCCCCAGGGACUCGCCCCACUGCACCGGGUGAAAGCUGUGCAGAUAAGAUCUGAACUCACAGAGAGGGGGAGGGAGAGAGAAGGAAAGAAAAAAAACCACCACCCAAAACCCAACCAGUUGUUCUGAGAAGUGACCUCAGAAUGCUUGCAUUGAAAUGUCAACAGAUUCCAAUCCAAUCCAUGUCCUGUAGAUUCAGGGUUAGGCUUCAUCAGGACUUCUCCUCACAG